AUGGGACAAACGGCAUCCUCAACCCCGACCGCUCUGCCGGAGAUCGCUCUUCACGUGUUGAAGGUCUCGGAGAACUCGCCAGCCGAUGGUCUCCUUGAGCCCUUCUUCGAUUACCUCGUUGGCAUCCAGGACGGAUCGGGCAAGCAGCCUGGCCAGGAGGUCCCGACGCCAAGGGAGCUGCAGAACAUCCUCGAGCGGAAUCAGGGAAGGGAGAUUUCUCUCUUUGUGUACAACGCCAAGACGCAGAGGGUCCGAGAAGUCAGUCUCACCCCUACAUCUGACUGGGAGCCGACGGAUAAGUCCAAGGCCUCGCUCCUUGGAACCAGUGUUCGAGUCUGCAACCCUGCUCUUGCGCUCGAGAAUGUCUGGCACAUCCUCGAGGUUCUGGAGUCUAGCCCAGCCGAGAUGGCGGGGCUUGUGCCGUUCGGUGACUGGAUCUGCGGAUGGGCCGGAGGGCCGUUGCACGGCGAGAACAGCUUCUAUGACCUAGUGGAGGCGCACAUCGAUAAGCCCCUGCGAUUAUAUGUCUACUCGGCAGACCUUGAGUGA